AUGGCCCCCCUCGAGGAAGUCCAGGUCGGCGACCUGGUAAAUGUCCCCGGUGGCAUGUACGGCACCGUCAAGUACCUAGGCCCCGUCGCAGGCAAGCCCGGUCGUUUCGCGGGCAUCGAGUUGGGCGCCGAACACGCCGCUCGAGGGAAAAACAGCGGCGACGUCGACGGACGAAAGUACUUUGCGGCCUCCGUCCCCGGCUCUGGGAUCUUCGUGCCCAUCAACAACUCCAAGUACGUGACGCGACGAUCGACUUCGGCAGCCACGGGCUCGUUUGCGACUCCCAAGACCCCGGCGCGACAGUCCAAUUUCAGCAAGUCGGUUGGCCCGGGCCCCAGCCCCUCGUUGUCUCGGCCUCAAUUUCGACGACCGUCUCUCCCUCGUCCCGAAUCGCCUCGCGCGCCGCCUCCCAAACUCAGUCUCAGCGGCCUACGCACGCCUUCCGCCGCGUCGAGGACUGGCGGCUCUAACGGACUCCUGCGCAGUCCCGUCAAGCCCCCCUCGCGACUGUCUGAUCGCCCACCGUCACGGGUCAGUGUGGACGAGGAUGCCUCAUACUAUGGAGGGAGGCUGUCAGACUUUCCGCCGUCUUCGGGGGCUGCGGGAAUGCAAGAGCUGAGAGACCAGAUCAAGAGCUUGGAAAAACAGUUGGGCGAUCGUGACAAACAGCUGAAUGAGCAAGCGACGACCCUGGGCGAUUUCCAGAAGACCCUGGAAGAACUAGAGGGAUCCGACACACUUUCGAUCCGGGCACAGCUACGCGAGAGAAAUGAGCGAAUCACCCAGCUGACAGCCGAGUUCGACGGACACCGUGCGGACUUUCGCAGUACUCUCGAUACACUGGAGAUUGCUGCUUCAGAGACAGAGCGGGUAUACGAGCAGCGCCUCGAUGAGUUACUGCAGCAGAACAAAGAGUUGCAGGAUCGGGGCGAGGAUGUCGAGGCCGUUGCAUCACAACUCAAGCAGUUGGAGGAACUGGUCUCGGAGUUGGAGGAGGGACUCGAGGAUGCACGGCGCGGUGAGGCGGAGGCUCGAGCUGAAGUCGAGUUCCUACGAGGGGAGGUCGAAAGAACCAAGCUGGAAUUGAAGAAAGUGCGGGAUGAUUCAGCUUCUGCACUCAAGGAUGCACAAACCUCAGCGGAAGGCCCACGCAGCUCGUACGAACUGGAGCAGAAGGAUGAUGAGAUACGCGGUCUGAAGGCCAUCAUCCAUUCGUUGAGCCGUGGGAAUCCCAACGCGGCCAACUUGAACCCCGCGGUUGCAGAGCAACAGAACAACCAGCAAAUCGCUCAGUUGGAGCAGCGAAUCCAAGAAGCUGAAGGAUUCGCCAAAACCAAAGACACUCGGAUUGAGGAACUCGAGCGAGAGCUCGAGGGGUUCAAGGCUGAUGGCCGUGCUCGCAGCUCGACCAUCACUCUUUCGCCGUCGAAGCAGCACAAGCCGACCAACUCCGGUGGGCUGAACCAGAUCAACCAUGCCCAUCGUCUCUCUGACCGGACCGUGGUACCAAACGACUGGCAUGAUGAGCCGUCCAAUAAUCCUCAACACCACCGUGGCGCAUCCAGCUCAUCCCAACGGCGAUUGGAACCUAUGCCCGAGUCAGAGCGUUCCUCCGACGAUGAUUCUCUGUGGUGUGAAAUCUGCGAGACCGGUGGCCAUGAUAUCCUGAACUGUACCAGCAUGUUUGGGUCUGGUAAUGGCCAGCAAACCGUGCCUGAGAUCAAGACUGAAAAGCCUGCCCGAACGUCGGCCGCCGAUUACAAGAAGCCCCAGGAAGGGAACACUUCGUCGCAAAAGACCGGCAAGGAUGUCGUCUAUGAGGGACUGAAGGGCAUCGGCGGACUGGGAUCGUCCAUGGCACCGGUUGCCGGCAAGUCGUCUGGUGUCAUCGACGAGUCCCGCUGGUGCGCGCUGUGCGAGCGAGACGGUCAUGAGAGUAUUGACUGUCCUUUUGAUGAAUAA